AUGGAUUCGAUGGGGAAGACCACGGAGCCUCCCCAGCUGCCACUGCAAGCGACAUCCGCGGCCCAGAUCUCCGUGGUGCUCAGCAACGACGACCUCCUCCGUGAGAUCCUCCUCCGCCUCGACUUCCCCACCUGCCUCGUCCGCCGGCUGCCGUCUCAAGCGCCUGGCUCAGCACGCCUCGACCCCGCAUUCCUCCGCCGCCUCCACCCGCCCCGCCUCCUCGGCAUACAGAAGAAAGGCUUCAAUCUUGGUCUAAACAUGGUAGCUGCUUGCCAUGUGAUUAUGCUUGAUCCUUGGUGGAAUCCUGAUGCCGAGGACCAGGCAGUUGACAGAACACACAGGAUUGAUAUCCAAUCCAUGAGCUUGCUCUCUAUUAAACUCCCAAAUGGAGUGGAGUAUGAGUAUGACGCAAAGAUUGCUCUGUCCCGAGCAGAAGGUUCUGGAUUUUGUCUCGUUCAUGUCAGCUGGCGCUACACUAUGGACCACAGUAGCACUGGCAGCUGGGAGCUGAUCGAUGCAAUUUCUUUGCGUCAGGUGUUUGGGUCCAAUGCAGAUCCUACUUGGUGUUCUCAGGGUGCUGAUGUUCGAGUGGCUGUGGUUGGGGAUAAUGCUGAUUUUGUGUUCUUCAGCAUACAGAAGAAAGUCUUCUACUUGCAUAUUUCGAGCAGGACAGUGAAGAAAGUGUAUGAGCUAGCACAACGUGAAUCCCAGUCUUCUACUUGCAUAUUACUUGUCUCCAUCUAA